AUGGAAGCUGUAAGGCUGAGAGAGCAAGGAAGAAAAGAAGCAGAAGAAGCUAGUCAGAAAGAAAUAGAAGAAUGGGAAAAGUCACUUUUGGCUCAAGCAGGACCUACAAGGAUGGAGACAAUGUGGGAGAUUCCAGCUAUUGGUCAUUUUCUUUGUUUAGCACAACAGAUUUUAAAUUUACCUGAAAUAGUAUUCUAUGAAUUGGAACGUUGUCUUCUGAUGCCUCAGUGUAAUUCUUUUUUAUCUAAAAUAAUGACUUCUUUGUUAAGUCCUCCUCAUCGCAGAUCUACACUCCAUCGCAGGCCUACACUUUCUUACAGCACCUGGGAAGCAGCACUCAGACAGAAAGUGCAACACUGGUAUACAGUUGUAGGGCAGAGUGACAAUCCUAAUAGCUCUGCAGAAAAACUUGGAUUGUGUCCCCAGUUUUUCAAAGUCCUUGGGGAAGUUAACCCGCUGGAGGAAAAACCAUUUCAUGAACUACCAUUCUACCAAAAAGUGUGGCUGCUAAAAGGUCUCUGUGAUUUUGUGUAUGAAACACAAAAGGAUGUUCAGGAUGCAGUGCUAGCUCAGCCCAUCCAUGAAUGCAGAGAAGUGAUUCUUGGUUAUGACUACUUGGAGAACGCCUAUGUUCAUUUUCCACAGUUCUGUGGUGCAGAUGUUCGGAUUUACAAACAAAAACCUUUUCAGGCUCCUCAAUUCCCUUCUCCUCCCAUCAAAGUUAAGAAAGUGCCACGUAUUAAAUUGGAGAAAGUAAAACAUGAUUAUCUAAGAAAAAGCAAUGAGGAGGUCAGUUCUGGUGGUAGAGAAAAGCUGCUACGUAAUUCUGAGACAGGAGUAGAGAAAAGUAUUGACUCCAUCGUUACCUGUCCAGAAAAAAAAACACAAAUAAGUAGCUCUGGAGUGACUACAGGGGAGAUUAACUGUGAAAUCAAGACCUCAAGAGUCUCUGAGAUUGAAAAAACUAAUUCCUAUAAAGACAACUUGAGGAAUUUGAUUAGUUCAGGAGAAAUUAUUGGUAUGGGUGGUCACCUUAGUUCAAGAGAAAUAAGGGCUGUGGAGAAUGGACAGGGUUGUCUGGAAACGGUCAGUGUAAAAGCUGAGAUCAGUCCAUUUGAGGAGAACACACUGAAAACUUUCCAAAUGCAUGUCAAUGGCACUCGUCAUGACAAGCAAGACAUAAAUUGCCACAAAUCUACUAAAGAAACAAUGCUAGAGAACUCACUGAGAAAUAAUAAGAAACUAAAUAAGUUGCGGGCAAAAAAGAAGAAAAAGAAAAAAAAGAAGGAUAUACUAAAUGAAAAUCUACAGAGAAAACUUGAUGUCUUGCAAAGAAAGCGUGAGAUUCAUCUUCAUCCAUUCAAAUCUUACAAAUCUGAGAUCCAGAACAAGUUGUUCAUAAUUAAAAAGAAAGCAAAACACAAGAAGCACAAGUCUGGAAAAAAAUCGGUAUCUAAAAAAGCAAUCACAAAGAAGAGGAAAGGUGUCACAAAGUCUACCAUACCAGAAUUUCAGCUUAUUUGCACUAAUCUUGAUGAACUCAGGGAAUUAAUCACAAAGACUGAGAAUGAACUCAAAGAUCUGGAGGACAUUAAAAAGAAAUCGGGAAGAUGGUACCACCGGAAGCAAGCAGUGAAGGAAUUGCAUGGUACGUUGAUACGACUGCUUAAUGAACUGUUACCAUGGGAGCCAAAGCUAAUGAAAGCAUUUCAGAGAAACAGGUCUAGAUUGAAGAAGGACUAUGAUGACUUUAAAAGGCAUCCAGACCAUGAUAAAUUUACUGGAGAAUUGUGGAGUAAUGAUGAAAGUGAAGUUGAUUCUGGCAAAGAUUCUUUUGCAGUAGUAUGUGGUAAAUGUUCAGAGUCUGCAGAACAUGUGGAAGUUGCCCGAAAGAAUCACCCAGACAAUGAUGAAAUGAAACUAUUAGAGAUGAAUUUACCUGCAGGAAAAAAUAGAAUUCUGAAAAAAGAAUCAACAGCUAAAGAAAUACAGAAGAUACAGCCCAAAUGUGCUAAGCGACAGUCCAAGCAAAGUAGUUGUCUGGAUCAAAGCACUGAUGAGCUUUUGCCAAGGAAGAAGGCUAAGCUGAGCACUAAUGAGACGGUGGUCCAGAGUUCAGAAAGUAGCCUGCAGCCAGAUAGUUGUUUGACUGAGCUGAAACAAUUGGAAGGGUCAACUCUAAAAUCAUUUUCCUUGACAGAUCCUGCGACAUCUGUAUCAAACUUUCUGAAAGGGACCAAACCCAUCCAAGCCUUGCUUGCCAAGAAUACUGGGAACAAAGUGACCUUAACAAAUCAACUAUCACCUCCCCCUGGCAUAAAUGUAUCUGCUUCUGAAAAGAGAGAUUUAUCAGCACUGGAAUCAUCGUUGAUAAAACCAGCGUUGCCCUGCCAGACUGAUUUAAAGACUCCUUUGCAAAUGCUAUACAAAAUGCCAAAUGGCCACUGUGUACCAAUAGACCUUCACAAGAGCUCUGUGAAAAUUCAAAUGCAACCUGUGAUUGAUCCUAAAACUAGAGAAAAAGUCAUGCAACAAGUUCUUAUUUUACCGAAGGAUUUUCUUAUUCAACAGAAGGAAAGUAAAAUUGCAUCCAAGGACAUUCAGUCUUUACAACAAAAAUCAUCUGAGCUGCACUGUACCUCUUUACCAGAAAUAUCAAAUGUCAGUGUUUCUUUAACACCUGUCCUGGUAACAGGCCCUGCAAAUGCUAUCACUCAGUCACCUAGUACAAUUUUUAACAAGAAUAUUACCAGCUUGUCACAAGUGACUGUUCCCGUGAGCACUACACAACCGUUGCCUGCUCUGACUUCAACAGAGGACUUGUCAUCAACAAUUAAGGUGAGCCGAACUGAAACUGACAAAAUCAAGGCUCCAGUCUCAACUGCCACAUUCCCUGUGUCUUUGACUUCACCUACUCUUUCUACAGCUGGCCGGUCUUCGGUGUCAGCAACACCAAUAAGUGUGUCUACAGACCUUGCUUCUGACUGUCAUAGCCUUGCGUCACAGCAGACAAAUGACUCUUGUGAAACUAGGCAAGAGCUGAAGACCGUGUGUGUAAGAGAAUCACAGUCUAUUCUGGUCACAACACGAGGUGGAAACACAGGAAUUGUUAAAGUGAGAACAAAUCCGGACCAGAUUUCACCUAGCAGUGUAUCUUCUAGUUCAGUUUUCACCUACACACCUCAACUUCAGGCCUUUUUUGUGCCAAAACCCACAGCGUUAUCAUGUUCGACUCUUUCGUCUGGAGCAACAGCCAAGUCUGGUCUUCCACAUAUUGGACAAUUGUCUUUUUCUGGAUUUGCCCCUUCAGUGGCUUCUUCUGUUAACAUUCCAGUGUUCCCAGCUGAUUUUACCCAAGCAAUGGAAAAAAAUACCAAAUCCACUUUAGAGCAGCCUGCUGUUGGGGGCAUUUUGGGUCAAGUAACAGAGAACUCCUGCUGUGUGUCCUCUCCUUUAUCCUCCAUUUCGUUAGCCAGCCAUUUGAUGGCAGCAACACCAAACAGUCCUGUCAGUGUGGCUAGCAUUGGACAAAAUAACACUGUCAUAACUCCAAAUUCCUCUAUGCAGCAACAAGUUGAUACUAAAACUAAAUCAAAUCCUGUUGUACAAUCUGAGUCUCAUUCAGCAACAAACGGAGAUUUCAUCAGUAGUACUCCAGUCCAGAAAUUUACAUUAGUCACAAAUCCACCUAUUUUAUCAUCCUGUGGGGCAUCAGGAGUCAGUAUUAUACCCUCUCCAGGAUCCAUCAGUAAUGCUCAAAAGUUGGUUUUCAUUAACACACAAAUUGCCAAUGGCCCACCAACCACAAAUCUAGUUGCAGGGUCACUGAAACAUAAUGUUCCUUCUUCCCUAAGCAAAACCUUUGUUAAUGCCAUAGAGCAGCCACAGUUGGUUCUGAUCCCAUCUACAGUAGGAGCACCAAUAAGAAUCAACUCAUCACCAACCAUUGCUCAAGUAAAAGAUGUGAAAAUUGGACUAAAUAUAGGUCAAACCAUUAUAAAUACCAAAGGCAAUGCACAGCAGGCUCCACAAGUUAAUAUGUUGCACUCUGCCAUUUCUAAGGCAGAAGGCAGUAAAAGCAUGGGCUUGGCACUCUCUUUGACAAGUAGUUCCACUUUGGUUCCUGUGCCGAGUUUUGUGAGUCAAAGUGCUGUGUCAGUUAAUGAAUCUAUAUGUGUGGCAACAAAAGCUGAGAAUGCCUUUGCAGUAACAACAGCAAGUGCAUGCGUAGAAUCUGUUUCAGUAGCAUCAAGUGGGACUUCUGGGGCAAGAGCCACUGUCUUGAUUGAUGGAAGUGAUCCCUCAAGAAUAAGGCCAGUUGUGGGCAAUCAACUGUGUACAUCAAAUAUUGGAACUACUGUGGGUAUAUCAACUGUGAAAACAGGACAUCUGGCUUCAUCUGUGCUGAUUUCAACAACACAACCAACAGUAUCUCCUCAAAACUUAGCGUCUGCUUUGCAGUUUCCCGUUGCUAGUUUGCCUGGACCUGUAGCCACCCCCCACAAUGUGUUACAUACAGUUCCUCAGUUUGCAGCAGUUCCAGUUCCUCCUCCAGUACCAAAAAGCCAGUUGCCCACACUGCUUCAGUUUCAAUCAUCAGGAGCGCCAGCUGCUAUAUCAAGUAACGCAAGUGUUCACAAACCUCAGAAUAUGUUGCCCCCUCCGGCACCAAGUACAGGUAAAGUGAUUAGUUUUCCCAGUUUUUCUUCCCUACAAUGCCAGCAGGUGCCUCCCAGUACAGAGGAACAAAGUCACGCUCACACUUGCGUGUCCAUCAGUCAGACGCCUGCAGCUUCACCAGCUGUAACAAGCAAGGCAGGAGGUCAGCUGAAUGAGCCUUGCAUUCAACAGAAAAUAGUCAUUAACACCUGUAUGCCCUUGGCACCUGGAACUCAGAUAAUGAUUAACGGUACUCGUUUUGUUGUUCCACCGCAAGGCCUUGGAGCUGGCAGCCAUGUUGUUCUUCUCUCCUCUAAUACAAACCAGACUCCUGCUCUAACUAUUAACCAUGGUCAGGAGGCUCAAGGUGUACCACUUGUUAAUCCAAAAAUCAUGCUAGCACCAAGUCAUUCCUUAAGCUGGCAACUAUCAAAACAUCCUUUGAAAAGCUCUACAAAAAAUGUGAACUCUUUUGGGUCUGCAGAUGCUUUACCCAUCAGACAUGCCACACCCCAGAUCCUUGGUACUCCAGCUAGCUGUUGUGCUCCACAGUCUGCAGCAACGCUGUCUGUGUCUUCAAUGAUAAAAUCUCCUGUUAAUGUUUUAGCUGCAUCUGUGGUUUCUGCCGUUCAUCGCCCGAACUCUCACAUACCAAGCAGCACUUCAGUGUUUCACUUAGACACCUCUAUCAAAAAGCUGCUGGUCAGUCCAGAGGGAGCCAUUUUGAGUGCUGUAAAUGCGCCAGCAUCCAAAGGUUCUUCCCUGGCUUCGUCACUGCCUCCUGUUGUUGUGUCCACAAGGAGAAAUCCUACCACUGUCUUCCUUGCAUCUAGAUCAUCUUGCCUUGAUAAACCUGACAAAGCUGCAUCCUGA